AUGCCCGCUCUGGUGCCCAACGCCGCGGCCGCCAUGGCGACGGCCACGCAGCAGAGCAUGCCGGGCACGCCCCCGCCACCACCCCCUGGGCUGGAGGAUGGGAUACCCGACGUGCUGCCCAGCACCUUCAAUCCGAAGCUCCGCGACGAGACGGGCAGCCAGUGCAGCACGGAGUACGGAGACUGCCAGGCAGGCAGCCACCACAGCACCAGUGCGCACUUGGACGAGCAGCCGGACCGCUACACGCCCGGCCGCAUUCUAGGACAUCGCCACGCCGCCGCCCCCGCCCCAUCCGGCGGUGCUGACGCUGGCCGGCGCCGUGGAGUCGGGGGCGCCUGGCCUGCCCUCGGUGGGAUCCGCGUGCCACCACUUGGGGCUGUGCAAGCCGUGCGACUUCCUGCACAGAUCGACCGAGGGGUGCAAGGCGGGCGCGAGCUGCAAGUUCUGUCACCUCUGUGGUCCAGACGAAAACAAGAGGCGCAAGGCGUUGAAGAAGGACGCGAUGCGCACCAUGCGGCAGUGGCAGUACCAGAAGGCGCGCCAGGCGGCAGCUGGUCAGUUCUGAGGGCCGCCUUGCGCUUUCCGGGCAGUGCUCCGUAG